AUGGUGAUGCAGUCCCAAGCCUUGGGUUAUUACAUAUGCUCAUUUCUAUGGCUUGUAAUUAUUUCUUUAAUAGUCUCAACAUCAUCUUCUUUAAACAUUCCAAGGUUGAGUGCAACUAGAGGAGCACGUAUUGCUCAAGCCCUGUCUACAUAUGACUCUUUUGAGUUAGAAACAUUCUACUAUACACAAACACUUGAUCAUUUCAACUUUAGGUAUGAUAGCUUCGCUACAUUUCAACAAAGAUACUUGAUUAAUUUCAAGCACUGGGGUGGCUCAAAUACCAGUGCACCAAUAUUUGCUUAUCUUGGUGCAGAAGAAUCGUUGGAUAGAGAAUUAUCUUUCCAUGGGUUCUUACCUGAUAACGCCAAACAGUUUCAAGCUCUCCAGAUAUAUAUAGAGCACCGAUACUAUGGUAAAUCAAUCCCAUUCGGAUCAAGGGAAACUGCGUUUAAAAAUGCAAGAACUCUUGGUUACUUCAACUCAGCUCAAGCUCUAGCAGAUUGUGCAGAAAUUCUCAUACAUGUAAAAAAGAAACUACAUGCUGAACAUUCUCCAAUCAUUGUUGUUGGUGGAUCAUAUGGUGGAAUGCUUGCUUCAUGGUUUCGGCUAAAGUAUCCCCAUGUAGCUCUUGGAGCUCUUGCCUCCUCAGCUCCAAUUCUUUACUUUGAUGAAAUUGUUUCCCGAAAAAACGGAUACUACUCUAUUAUCAGCAGAGAUUUUCAAGAAACCAGUGAGAGUUGCUACCAAACCAUUAAAAAGUCCUGGUCUGAAAUUGAGGAAAUUGCUUCCAAGCCUAAUGGUCUGUCGGUCCUCAGCAAGAAGUUCCAUACUUGCAGUCCCUUAGGUUCGUCGUCGGAGCUCGAAGACCAUUUGGAGUUCAUGUAUAUAGGGGCAGCUCAAUAUGAUGCUCCACCAACAUAUCCGGUCACUGAAAUCUGUGGCGCUAUCGAUGGAGUUUCUAGCAAAGACACUCUUGCCAAAAUAUUUGCAGGUCUUGUUGCUUAUGAAGGAAAAAAGUCAUGCUAUGUCAACGAUUAUCAGCCAGGCAGUGAGAGCCUUGAAACAGUUCAGGGAUGGGCAUGGCAGAUAUGUAGUGAAAUGGUGAUGCCCAUAGGCAAUGGUAACAACAACACAAUGUUACCUCCUGCUCCUUUCGAUCUGAAACAGUACAUAGCUGAGUGCAAGGCGGAAUAUGGUGUCCCUCCUCGCCCUCACUGGGUUACUACCUACUAUGGCGGGCAUGAUAUCAGACUCGCUCUUCAUAGGUUUGCUAGCAACAUCAUCUUCUCCAAUGGUCUAAGAGAUCCUUACAGUGGUGGCGGGGUGUUGCACGACAUAUCAGAUACUGUCCUCGCAGUCACUACAACGAAAGGGUCGCAUUGCUUGGACUUACUUCGUGCGAACCACACUACGGAUCCAGCGUGGUUGGUCAAUCAACGUAAAACAGAAGUCAGGAUCAUCAAAGGGUGGAUGCUGAAGUAUUAUGCUGACCUUCAGGCUUUCAAAUAAUCACUUCAUCAGAUUGGAAAACUAAGUAAUAAUAGUAAUACCACUUCAUUUAAAGGCACAGAAGUGUAACAUGGCAAAAACACA